AAAGCCUUUGACACUGAACAAGAAAAUUACCAUUCGAGGUUUUUGGAGGUUUCACCGGCGCCGGUACUGAGUUUCAGUUCACUCAUUUUCUGCCGGGAAAAAAAUCAGAUUUCAUCUUUAGGACACGUCAAGAGACUAUCAAGGCUAUAAAACGAUUUGCUGGUAUUCUUGUCCGUGAUUCCAAGUCAUAUUUGUAUCCGAAUAUGAAUGUUUUGAGAGGAAUUGGAGUCCCUGAAUCGAAUAUCCUUAUGCUGCUUUACCGUCAUCCUCGAAAAUUUUUGUAUAGUCCGGUUCGACUUAAGGAGAUUGUGGAGGAAGUCAAAGGAAUAGGGAUUGAUUCUUCAACGAAGAAGUUUCUUGCUGCGGUUAUUGCUUUGAGAUCAAUGAGCAAAUCCACACUAGAGAAGAAAUUUGAUGUAUAUAGGAGAUGGGGUUGGUCGGACCAAGAGAUUCGUGAAGCUUUUCAAAGGUAUCCGUCGUGUGUUACUGCUUCAGAGGAUAAGAUCAUGGCUAUAAUGGACUUUCUCGUGAACAAAAUGGGCUAUCAUUCGAAUCUGGUUGCUAAACAACCGAGUAUUUUCAGUCAAAGCUUAGAGAAGAGGAUUGUCCCAAGGGCUUUAUUUGCUCGAGAAUUGUUGUCACUGGGUUUGGUUAGUAACUUAACAUUGUCUGUAUUGUUUGACACAUCGGAAAAGGUGUUCAUUAGGAUGUUUGUUGACCGUUUUGUAAACAAAGCACCCGAUCUCCUGAAGCUUUACAAAGAAAAACGUAAGAUUUCAGAAAAAAAUUAGAAGUGAGUUAGCAUAGGCUGCAGCAUUUGUAUUUUGUAGGAUGUGCCAUGUUGCCCAUGAAGACCAAAGGAAUUACUUUUUGCACGUUAACAUUUAGAUUUUUUUUUUUUGGUGUCCCGUUGCCUUGUUUCAGUUCAUUACUUUUGUCUGAAACUUCUUGUAGUUGGAAUUUGUCAACAGAAGCAGCCUUUGUUUCUGUAGCUGUAUUCUUUUCUUCCAUUGAUGAACCUUAAGCUCAACAUUUUGCUUGACUUGCUGUUCAAGUCUCAUUGGUUUGAAGUGCAAUAGUGUAAUGAGUUUUACUCACAGCUGUAUUAGUGUCCUUUUCUUUUUGCAUCUACACGGUCUCGAAUUAGUGUCUUUGAUACAAAGUUGAACCCCAAGCUUAACUCAGUUGGUUCAUAUAGUCACUCUUAUGAGAUGGCAUCCAGUUAGUCCAGGGCUCGAAUUUUAGCAUUUGCAAUAGUGUAAUGAGUUCCAUUUGCCAACUUUGUUAUUCUUUCUUUCUCUAAAUGAGAGUGUGAAAUGAGUUUCAUUUGCAUCCUUAUUAUUGUCCUUGUUCUUUUUGCAUCUAAACGGUCCGUGGAAUUUAGUUCAAUUGAUUCAUGUAGUCACCUAAGAAGUGAGGUUCGAGAAGUUUGGGUUUGAAUCUAAUAUAUAUCAAAUAGAUGUAUCUUUUAACGAGGGAUCCUUUUAUUAGGAUGAAUCUUUCAAUGAAAUACUUUUCAUAUGGAUGUAUCAAUAUAAA